UUUCGCGCGAAGGCUCACUAGUAGCUAGAUGGCGCGUUGAUGCCCUCGAAUCGUGCAUCCAUCAACCUCUUUGGCAUGGGAACCCGAACCUCCGAAGCUGGGCGUCGUUCACAAGUGACACAACAAAAGAAAUUCGACGAGAGGCAUCAGCUUGAAGCUUACAUGUAUAAAGGUACCAGCUACCACCGCAAAGAUAUCCAUCAGCAUCAACAGACAAGUAUCAACCUCUCCGCAUCACCUAUCAAGAGUGACUGAAACAAUGGCCAACAACGAAUGGUCAAUAGAAGCGUUUUGUUCGCAACAGGACGCAUUGGACGGAAGUCUACAACCGCAAAAUUCUGUUUUCUUGGAAAGACUGGGUCUUUCCUCGUUGCAUCCUGUGUGUGAAAGCAACCAGACAUACUAUGGAUCCUUCAAUGAAGACGUUCCCCCUGUGGGGCCAUUAAACAUGGACUUCCUUGAGAUCCAUGAAGGGUCUCCUUUGCAGGGAGUUGUGACGUAUUGCUAUAAGACAUUUCCAGCUCUCUUGUCCGCGUGUACACUGUGGUUGCUUCUGUUCGCGGGCAUCAUUGCACCGCUUGGAUGCAUGUUUCUCAUGAAAGUAUCUCGUCAACAAAGCUCACCCACCUCUACCGGUACUCUCAACAGUACCAACACUGGUUCCCCUCCCUCGGCUGCCCUGAUUCUAAUGACAGUGGUAUCAUCAAUGGUAUUGAUGUUGGAUCAACUCUACGUCCAUGACUUUGGCUCCAGCUAUGGUACUACACUUUUUGCAUUCUCCUUCGUCAUGUCUCUUCGAGCCUGCAACCAGUUCAGAAUGUGGAGGGUUCAAGGGUAUCUAGUGAUCCUGGGACUUUUCGCAUUGGUUUGGUCCCUCUUGCCAAACCAGCACUCAUUAUCAGAGCCAGUGAGUGUGAAUGAGGGUCUGUACUACGACGCUAGAAACCCAAUGAUCCAAAGAGUUGUGUCGCUCUGGGACCCCGUCACUCGGACAUACUCCCCAGAACUCGGAGCUACGCCCUGGAUGGCAACCGGGGAUGCAAGGACGGGACUUCCAUUUGUCCUAAACAACGUGAAUGCUGCAGCCUUUCCCAAUUGGGUACGAGUUUGGCUUCCUACGACAACAUCCCCCGAUCCAGAUGUGUUGGCUUUGGAUAUCUCGUUUCCAGAGGAGGGACACUCACCGUCAACGCCUGUAUACCUGGUCUUUCAUGGCCUGAACGGUGGGAACAAUGAGGGAUACAUUCGCGAUUUGACGAAGAGGAGGAACAAGGCAGGUUCGACAGUUGUAGUGAUGAUUGCACGAGGAAUGAUGGACACGCCGGUUCGCAGCUGGAGCUUCUUCCAUGCCGCACGUCUUUCUGACGCUCAUGAUGCUUCCAAAGCACUUCGCAGAGUCCUCGAUCCCAGCCAGCUGUUGGUGGGUGUAGGAUACAGUAUGGGGGCUAUUGUACUGAACAACUAUGUGGCUCAUUAUGGCCCAAGAGUUGCCCUUGACGCAGCCUUUACCGUCUCAGGGGCUCUCGACGCCCGCUAUCAGCUUCAAGACGAACGGUCCAGGAAUUUGUGGCAACCGUUGUUGGCAGACACUCUCAAGACUCGCCUUCUGAUAAACAAGCAUGGUAGGAAAAUUCAGGAAAGGUUGACAAAUGCUGAUUUAGUACAGCUGAUGAGGGCAACUAGCGUCGUGGACACCGAUAAAGUGUCCUCCACUGUCUACCAUGGAUUUGACACCGUCGAAUCUUACUACGCAGCUAUGAGCGCACUAGGUGAUAUUCCAGAAGAAGAUUACUACAAGAACAGCACAAUGGUUGCUUCCGGAAAGAAGAUCUCCAGUGUAUCAAUACCCCUGUGUGUAUUGCAUGCCUUGGAUGAUCCCAUAGCAAGUUGGAGGACCAUUGUUUCGUCUGAAGGCUUCAUGCGCCCUGAAAGGCUCACGACAUCUGGAGAUGGAAAUUUGAUGUUGCUUCUAACAAAGAGAGGUGGACAUGUUGGAUGGCCUCUUGGCUGGUUUUCUCCCAAUCGACAGUGGGAAUUCAUGAACGAAGCCGUUGCAAACUUUGCUGAUGCGGUUGCAAAAGCAAAGGGAGAACUCGAGACCGAGGAGUGCUCAGCAGAGAAUUGAGUACUUUGGAGCAACCUCAGAGAGUACAGUAGAGUCGAGCACUUUCAAGCAGCGACAACGUCCAGGCUCCUGCGACACAUCGAAGUUUGUAUGUUAUAACAUGUAUGUCAUACGAUUCUAACAUAAAUGUACCUGGUAUGGUACGAGUACCUAUUGGUAUGGUAUUAUCAGGUCAAUGUAGAAGAUGGUCGUUCUAUCAUUGUAUUUUGUAUCAGAUUCUUGUAUGCAUAUGCAUACCGAUAGAGG